AGUGUUGGCCAAUAAACAGACACCUGAUAUGUCUAAUUUUGAGCUGUUCUUACUCCAAACGACUGCGUCGUUUUGUCUCCGUUUUUGGUCCCGAGAGCUUGUAUUUUAGCGUUUUCUAUAAUACCUAAUGCCAAGGUAAAAGACUUACUACCAACUGAAAAACUCACUACUAACUGGAAGGAUAUCCUUGAAUAUUUAUUUACUUCAGUCGUUUGUUAAACUAUAACUUUUCUGCUGACAAAACACCAAUGAGCCGAUUUUCAGAAACAAUCAUUAAAGGCUUGGGAUUUAAUACAUUCAGUAAAUCAUUUAUACAUGCUUUUAAACAAGCUUCUUGUAAUAAAUAUGACGUUAAUAACAAAUUUAUCCUGGUGAAGCAGGAAUAAAAGAGUCUGAUGUUUUUUUGUUUGGGGUUGUUUUUUCCACUGUCAUUACAUUUGUUUGAACAGAUAAAGAGCAAAUUAGGCACAUUUGUAUUGGAUGGAUUAAAUUUUUUAUUUUAAAGCAAGGAUAUUUUGUUCCGUCUUCAAAGCAUUUACAAAACUGACUUUUAUUUGCUGUAACAUUCCACGAUUUAGUCAUUCAUUUAUUUAUUUCGCAACAUGUUCAAUUUGUGCUCUUGAACGCACCACCCCCCAUCUCCGGGGACACUCACCGAGAGUCUGUAAGUUUGUGUCAGUGUGAUGAGUGAUCACUGAUAGUGUGGACCUGUGAUAAGAUGGCUGGGAGGAUUAUAACACGGUGUGUGAGCAGGGCUGUAGUGGAGUUUGGGUCUGGCGCAAACUGCGUAAAAAGCAGAGGGACAAACCGAAACUACUGGACUGCUCUAAGAAGGACUUCCACCGCUCUGACUAGUGGACGGGCUGCAUUCCUGCUGGGGCUCCCUGCGCUGUCGUGCCUCGGCUAUGCAGCUUAUCGCAAGGUGCAGAGUUCAGCUGUGGUCUGCGCUUUAGAAAGAGGGGAGGUUUUGGAGCUGGCUGACUACCUGUACAGCUGUGCGGAGACAGAGAAACUCUACCAGCUGCUGGUGCAGUACAAAGACAGCAACGAUGCAGAGUUCCUGUGGAGACUGGCCCGGGCUUCUCGGGACCUCUCCCUCCUGCCCAACAUCGAGGCCGGGCAGAAGAAGCAGCUCACGUUUGAGGCCUUUGAGUACGUGAAAAAGGCCCUGGAGAAAGAUGACCUGUGCUCUGCAGCUCACAAGUGGUACGCUGUGUGUCUCAGCGACGUCGGGGAUUAUGAGGGGGUCAAGGUUAAAAUUGGAAAUUCGUACAUCAUCAGGGAUCAUCUAGAGAGAGCCAUCGAGCUCAACCCUAAAGAUGCCACCUCCAUACACAUUUUGGGUUACUGGUGCUUUGCUUUUGCUGAGCUGCCGUGGUAUCAGCGCAAGGUGGCGGCUGUAAUAUUCUCAUCACCACCCGAGUCUACAUACGAGGAGGCUUUGGCGUUCUUCCUAAAAGCUGAGGAAGUCGAUCCAAACUUCUACAGCAAGAACCUGCUGAUGCUCGGGAAGACGUAUUUAGCCAUGAAAGACAAGGAGAAAGCACUGCUGUGGCUGACCAAAACAAAGGAAUACCCUGCUCACACACUGGAAGACAAAGAGGUCCACAACGAAGCUGUGGAUCUCCUGAAGAAGCUGGGAUGAAGCUCGGUGAAACAUGAUGCCCCCCUGGACCCUUAACAGCUGCUAACUAGACUGUUUCUUAAAGAUUUUCUACUUAAUUGUUAACAGUUAAAACCUAAUUGUUGCCAGCUUUGCACACAGAAAUCACACAUGCCUUCAAGAAAUAAUAAAACAAUGUCCUGUGGUUAGUA